CCUCUCUUGGCCAUAGCCAUAUCAAAAACUUAACUUCUCUCAAAUACUUUCAAUCUACUUCUCUGAAGAAAUUCAAGCUGCUAACGUUCGAAUUCAUGGAGGAAAUUGAUGUUCCGCACUAUUUUCUGUGCCCGAUAUCGCUGGAGAUUAUGAAAGAUCCGGUGACGGUGUCGACGGGGAUUACUUAUGAUCGUCAAAGCAUCGAGAAAUGGUUAUUUUCUGGAAAGAACAACACCUGCCCGAUGACAAAACAAGUGCUGUCACCCGAUUGUGAGUUGACUCCGAAUCACACUCUUCGCCGCCUGAUUCAAUCGUGGUGUACUCUCAAUGCUUCUUAUGGCAUUGAAAGAAUUCCGACGCCAAAGCCCCCUAUCAACAAAGCUCAGAUUUCAAAACUCAUAAGAGAUGCAAAAUCGUCACCGCAAUUGCUAGUUAAGUGCCUUAGACGGUUGAGAUCAAUCGCGGCGGAAAAUGAGACAAACAAACGGUGCUUGGAGGUAGCAGGUGCCGUGGACUUCUUGGCGUCGAUUCUUUCGAGAAACUCUUGUUUUGUAUCGUUUGAAGAAUCAACCGAAGAAGGGUUUGAUUUUAGACAGCUUAGCGAGGAAGCCUUGGGCAUUUUGUGCAAUCUUCAAUUAUCCAACGUCGGAUUGAAGAAUCUCAUGAACAAAAAUGGGGAUUUCGUCGAGUCGUUGACACAAAUCAUGAAACUUGGAACCUUCGAGUCACGAGCUUAUGCAGUUGUGUUAUUAAAAUCAAUGCUCGAAGUGGAAGUAGCUGAUCCAAUCCAAUUCAUAAAUCUAAGCCCUCAAUUCUUCAUCGAAAUCAUUCAAAUUCUGCAUGACCAAAUCUCCCAUCAGGCCUCAAUAGCCGCACUGCAAAAUCUCGUUCAUAUUCUUCCAUGGGGAAGAAAUCGAGUGAAGGCAGUUGAAGCCAGUGCCGUUUCAAUCCUUAUCGAUCUUCUCUUGGAGAAAUCUGAUAGGAGGGAUUGCGAGCUCAUUCUAAUGACGAUUGAUUUUCUUUGCCAAUGCGCGGAAGGAAGAGCUGAACUGUUGAAGCAUGGGGCAGGAAUGGCGAUAGUUUCGAAGAAGAUACUUAGGGUUUCGCAGAUGGCCAGCGAUAGGGCGGUGAGGAUUUUGCUUUCCAUUUCAAAGUUCUCGGCAACCCCCAGUGUACUUCAAGAGAUGUUGCAGCUUGGCGUUGUGGCGAAACUUUGUUUGGUGCUUCAAGUUAAAUGUAGCAACAACACAAAAGAUAAAGCUAGAGAAAUACUAAAAAUGCAUGCUCGGGCAUGGAAGAAUUCUCCAUGUGUACCCAGUACUUUGAUUGGAUCAUAUCCAGUAGUUUGAUUGAUGUAGUUCAAGGAUUCACUUUUCCUCUAUGUUUUCCUCAUUUUUUGUACCUAAGUUGUUGAUAAUAUAAUAUUAAACAAAUUUAAAUGAAUCAAAUUAAAGUUGUGUGCCCACAAAA